CAGCUCGCCGCCAACCUGCCCCGUAUGCCCGCCCGCCCGUGAAGCGGGGCGCGCCGCCCCUUCGCGCUGCCGGAUCCCGCCCUCGCCGCCACCUGGCCCUCCUGAUCGACGACACGCGCGCUUGGAACGCGUGCCUGGGGCGUGUGGAGUCAACUUUCCGGAAGCAGCCAGCCCACCAGAGGAGUUGGACUAGCUGAUUCCUAAACAAGUCCCACGGCGACUGGACACGAUGCUGCGCAAGUUGCUGCCGCAAUGGAGCGUGGCUGUGUUCCUACUGAGCUACUCCGUGCCCUCCUGCGGACGCUCCGUGGAGGGGCUCGGCCGCCGCCACAAACGGGCUGUGUCUGAACAUCAACUCCUGCAUGACAAGGGCAAGUCCAUCCAGGACCUGCGGCGGCGCUUCUUCCUGCACCACCUGAUGGCAGAGAUCCACACCGCCGAGAUCAGAGCUACCUCCGAGGUCUCCCCGAACUCCAAGCCCGCAGCCAACACCAAGAACCACCCAGUCGGGUUCGGCUCUGACGACGAGGGCAGGUACCUCACUCAGGAAACCAACAAGGUGGAGCCCUACAAGGAGCCGCCCCUCAAGACGCCAGGGAAGAAAAAGAAAGGCAAGCCUGGGAAGCGCAAGGAGCAGGAGAAGAAGAAGCGGCGAACUCGCUCUGCCUGGCCACUCUCGGUGGGCACCGGGAGCGGGCUCGACGCCUACCAGGUGUCUGACAUCUCCGAGCCAGAGCCUGAGCUCAGCUCAUGGAGGCAUUGAAAUCUUCAGCAAAGAUCUUCUAAGGACGUAUUACAAACUUCUGUAAUAGUGAACAUAUGGAAAGUAUUAGAAAUAUUUAUUGUCUGUAAAUACUGUAAAUGCAUUGGAAUAAAACUGUCUCCCGGUGGC